CACCUCCGGAUCUUGGUGGAGAUCGGCCCCUGGUUUGCUGAGAGAAUCCUGACCACAUUCCCUCCCUGGCCUGCCUCCACUCUUCUCCAAGGAGGCACGACUUCUCACCUGGUGUCUGAAGGGAUCGGUGAACAAGAGGAACCACUGAGGUCAGGACAGAUAGGAGCAAAAGAGCAGCUGUUAUGGCUUUUAAACUCCUUACAAACAUAGAGGAGGAGGUGACCUGCCCCAUCUGCCUGGACCUCCUGAAGGAACCCCUGAGCCUGGACUGUGGCCACAGCUUCUGCAAAGCCUGCAUCGCUGCAGAGAACAAGGAGUCUGUGACAAGCCAAGGAGGGAAGAGCAGCAAUUGCCCUGUGUGCCAAAUGGCUUUCUGCUAUGGGGAACUGCGGCCUAACUGGCAUGUGGCCAAAAUAGUGGAGAGGCUCCAAGAGGUCAAGGUGAGCUCUGAAGAGGAGCAGAAGAGAAAUCUCUGUGAGCGCCAUGAAGAAAAGCUUUUGCUCUUCUGUAAGAAGGAUAAGAGGGUCAUUUGCUGGGUUUGCGAGCGGUCUCAGGAGCACCGUGGUCACCAAACAGUCCUCAUGGAGGAGGCUGUCCAGGAGUACCAGGAGAAGCUCCAGACAGCUCUGCAGAAGCUGAGGGAGGAGCAGCAGGAAGCGAACAUGUUGGAAGCUACCCUCAGAGAAGAGAGAACUUCCUGGAAGAAUCACAUGCAAAAUGAAAAAAGGGGUGUCCAAGCACAGUUUAAAAAACUCAAGACUAUCCUGGAGAAUGAGGAGUUGAGGGUGGUGCAGAAACUGGAGAGCGAGGAGAAAGCUAUUCUUGACACCCUGGCUGCAACGGAGGAUGAGCUGGUCCAGCAGAGCCAGCUGGUGAGAGACCUGGUCUCGGAACUAGAGCAUCGGCUGCAGGGGUCGACAGUAGACAUGCUGCAGGAUGUGAAUCACAUCAUGGAAAGGAGUAAGCACUUGAGUCUGAAGAAACAAAACAUGUUUCUCAAGGAACAAAGGAAAGUGUCCCGAAUUCCUGAUCUGAAAGUGAUAAUAGAAGCGUUUAGAGAAAUAACGAGAGAGCAGGAGGAUGGACAGAGGGAGAGAGAGAAGCAGACUCCCACUGAGCAGGGAGCCGGACAUGGGACUCCAUCCCAGGACUCUGAGAUCAUGACCUGAGCUGAAGGCAGAUGCUUAACCUACUAAGCCACCCAUGUGCCCCUGAGUAUCUUGAUUUAUUAAUAAAUAUUUGCUCCUAGAAAAUAUAAGCUGUGUCAGUGUCUCAUGAAAUUCUAUGGGAUUCAGUUUUCUCAUUUGUAAAAAAAAAAAAAAGAAAGGUACCUGAUAUAGAAUUGUGAAAAUUAACCAACAAAAUGUUUUCUAGCACGUAAGAAGGGAUCUAGUAGGUGUCUAUUUAUUUUUUGGCCCCCUCUCAUUUGGACUAAAAUAAAUGAUUUUAAGAAUACAUAUUAGCUUGCUUUCAACA